CUGCUCCAGAUGUGGAAGAAAAUAAUGUGCAGGAGUUGAACUGUUUGGAAGGAGGGUGAGCCCCUUAGGAGGAGCCGCCCACACCCCCUGCUGGGUCCCGGCUCGCUCGGCCAGCGCGUACCUGCGUUGUCCACCAGGAGGCGCUUCCGCACCCGCCCCGCAGGCGUCUUCCGCCGCCGGCCGGUGCGUGGGCACGCGCAGAAACCGCUAGGCGGCGUCGGUUUCCUUUCCCACGCGCGGACGCCGGCGUGGGCCGACGCGACCGAGGCGUCCGCGCGUGCGCAGAGCCGAGGCCAGGCUGCCCUCGAAGCGGGGCGGGGCGAAGCGGGGCGGGGCCGAGCAGGGCGGGGCGGGGGCUUGAGGUGAUUCCCGAGCCGCGGGGCGGCUCCAGCGGUGCGGGGAAACCGAAAGUGGGCGGCGGCUGCGGCGGGGCCCUUGGCGGAGACGGCGGCGGGAGCUGGGCCCAGAGGCGCGGGGACGGGCCGUGGGCCCCCGGAACGAGGCAAAGAUGCUGGAAGGAGAUCUGGUUUCAAAGAUGCUGCGAGCUGUUCUGCAGUCUCAUAAGAAUGGAGUAGCAUUACCCCGGCUCCAAGGAGAGUACAGAUCCUUGACUGGAGACUGGAUCCCCUUCAAACAGCUAGGUUUCCCUACACUAGAAGCCUAUCUGAGAAGUGUGCCAGCAGUGGUCAGGAUAGAGACUAGUAGAUCUGGAGAGAUUACCUGCUAUGCCAUGGCCUGCACAGAAACUGCAAGAAUUGCUCAGCUUGUGGCUCGUCAAAGGAGUUCUAAAAGGAAAACCGGGCGUCAAGUUAAUUGUCAGAUGAGAGUGAAGAAAACCAUGCCAUUUUUUCUAGAAGGAAAACCAAAAGCAACCCUCAGACAACCAGGAUUUGCUUCAAAUUUUUCUGUUGGCAAAAAACCUAAUCCAGCACCAUUAAGAGAUAAAGGAAAUUCUGCUGGAGUUAAGCCUGAGGCUGAAAUGUCUCCUUAUAUGCUACACACAACUCUCGGAAAUGAAGCACUCAAAGACACUCCAGUGCAAAGGCAUGUGACCAUGUCCACGAACAACAGGUUUAGCCCAAAGGCGUCCCUUCAGCCACCUUUGCAGAUUCAUCUCUCAAGAACCUCUACUAAGGAAAUGAGUGAUAAUUUAAAUCAGACUGUUGAAAAACCCAAUGUCACGCCUCCUGCCUCUUACACUUAUAAAAUGGAUGAGGUUCAAAACCGCAUAAAGGAAAUACUAAACAAGCAUAACAAUGGCAUUUGGAUAUCUAAGCUUCCACAUUUUUACAAAGAGUUAUAUAAAGAAGACCUUAAUCAAGGAAUUUUACAACAGUUUGAACACUGGCCUCAUAUUUGCACGGUGGAGAAACCUUGCAGUGGUGGCCAAGAUUUACUUCUUUAUCCAGCUAAGAGAAAGCAGCUUUUGAGAAGUGAACUGGACACUGAGAAAGUACCUCCAUCCCCACUACCUGCUCCCAAACAAACACCACCAUUGAAAGGGUGUCCAACAGUUGUGGCAGGAGACUUUAAAGAAAAAGUGGCAGAGCUGCUGGUGAAAUACACAAGUGGCCUUUGGGCCAGUGCACUCCCAAAAGCAUUUGAGGAAAUGUACAAAGUGAAAUUCCCUGAGGAUGCCUUAAAAAAUCUUUCCUCACUUUCUGAUGUAUGCACCAUAGACUACAUUUCUGGAAAUCCUCAGAAGGCCAUUCUCUAUGCUAAACUUCCAUUGCCUGCUGACAAAAUCCAAACGGAUGCAGGGCAAGCACAUGGUGAUCAUGAUAUCAAGGCUAUGGUUGAACAAGAGUAUUUGCAGAUAGAAGAAAAUAUUGCUGAAAGCGCUAAUACCUUUAUGGAGGACAUAACAGUUCCUCCUUUAAUGAUUCCAACUGAAGCAUCACCAUCUGUGUUGGUGGUUGAACUGAGCAACACAAAUGAAGUGGUUAUCAGGUAUGUGGGCAAAGACUAUUCUGCUGCUCAGGAAUUAAUGGAAGAUGAGAUGAAGGAAUAUUACAGUAAGAAUCCUAAGGUCAUACCAGUCCAGGCCGUGAAUGUUGGGCAGUUGCUGGCCGUAAAUGCCGAGGAGGACGCCUGGUUACGAGCACAGGUCAUCUCAACAGAAGAGAACAAAAUAAAGGUGUGCUAUGUUGACUACGGUUUUAGUGAAAAUGUUGAAAAAAACAAAGCAUACAAAUUAAACCCGAAGUUUUGUUCACUCUCAUUUCAAGCUACAAAAUGUAAGCUUGCAGGCUUGGAAGUCCUAAGUGAUGACCCUGAUCUAGUGAAGGUGGUUGAGUCUUUAACUUGUGGAAAGAUCUUUGCAGUGGAAAUACUUGACAAAGCUGACAUUCCACUUGUUGUUCUAUAUGAUACCUCAGGAGAAGAUGAUAUCAAUAUCAAUGCCACCUGCUUGAAGGCUAUAUGUGACAAGUCACUAGAGGUUCACCUGCAGGUUGACGCCAUGUACACAAAUGUCAAAGUAACUAAUAUUUGCUCUGAUGGGACACUCUACUGCCAGGUGCCUUGUAAGGGUCUGAACAAGCUCAAUGACCUUCUACAUAAGAUAGAGGACUACUUCCAUUGCAAGCACAUGACCUCCGAGUGCUUUGUUUCAUUACCCUUCUGUGGGAAAAUCUGCCUCUUCCAUUGCAAAGGAAAAUGGUUACGAGUAGAGAUCACAAACGUUCACAGCAGCCGAGCUCUUGAUGUUCAGUUCCUGGACUCUGGCACUGUGACAUCUGUGAAAGUGUCAGAGCUCAGGGAAAUUCCACCUCGGUUCCUACAAGAAAUGAUUGCAAUACCACCUCAGGCCAUUAAGUGCUGUUUAGCAGAUCUUCCACAAUCUAUUGGCAUGUGGACACCAGAUGCAGUGCUUUGGUUAAGAGAUUCUGUUUUGAAUUGCUCGGACUGUAGCAUUAAGGUUACAAAAGUGGAUGAAACCAGAGGGAUCGCACAUGUUUAUUUAUUUACCCCUAAGAACUUCCCUGAUCCUCAUCGCAGUAUUAAUCGCCAGAUUACAAAUGCAGACUUGUGGAAGCAUCAGAAGGAUGUGUUUUUGAGUGCCAUAUCCAGUGGAGCUGGCUCUCCCGACAGCAAAAAUGGCAACAUGCCCAUGUUGGGCAACACUGGAGAGAAUUUCAGAAAGAACCUAACAGAUGUCAUCAAAAAGUCCAUGGUGGACCACACGAGCUCUUUCUCCACGGAGGAACUGCCACCUCCUGUCCACUUAUCAAAGCCAGGGGAACACAUGGAUGUGUAUGUGCCUGUGGCCUGUCAUCCAGGCUACUUUGUCAUCCAGCCUUGGCAGGAGAUACAUAAGUUGGAAGUUCUGAUGGAAGAGAUGAUUCUAUAUUACAGUGUGUCUGAAGAGCGCCACAUAGCAGUGGAGAAAGACCAAGUGUAUGCUGCAAAAGUGGAAAAUAAGUGGCACAGGGUGCUUUUAAAAGGAAUCCUGACCAAUGGACUGGUGUCUGUGUAUGAGCUGGAUUAUGGCAAACACGAAUUAGUCAAUAUAAGAAAAGUACAGCCCCUAGUGGACAUGUUCCGAAAGCUGCCCUUCCAAGCAGUCACAGCUCAACUUGCAGGAGUGAAGUGCAACCAGUGGUCUGAGGAGGCUUCGAUGGUGUUUCGAAAUCAUGUGGAGAAGAAACCUCUGGUGGCACUGGUGCAGACAGUCAUUGAAAAUGCUAACCCUUGGGACCGGAAAGUAGUGGUCUAUUUAGUGGACACAUCGUUGCCAGACACCGAUAUCUGGAUUCAUGAUUUUAUGUCAGAGUAUCUGAUAGAGCUUUCAAAAGUUAAUUAAUGACUGCUUCUGAAACCUUGACAACUAAUUCAAAUUUUUUAGCAAUAACAAAAUGUAGUAGGCUUAAAAAAAAUCUUAUCUCUGCUACAUGGCUCUGACUGCUGUGGGGGAUUGAAAAGAAUAUGCUUAUGUUUGAUGAAAGAUAUUUAACAAGUUUCGUUUUAACAGAGUUGACUUUUCGAAGAAAAUUGUACUUGAAUUAUUACUAUAAUAUUAGAAUAAAAAUGUUUAUCAAUAUAAAAGCUGACUACCUUGUAAUUUCUAGGCUUAAUGAUCUUAAGAUGAAAGCCUCCGUUUCAUGUUGUCUUCCUUGCAGAGCUGGGUUCUUCUCCAGUUAAGCUGAGACUAUUGUGACUGAACUCUACCCUGAUGUAGAGUGUAUCUCAAAGCAAGUGAUCCCCAAAGCAUGUGAGGACUUAUCCUGAGUCUUAACACAUCAGCAUUUCUAGAGGAGCAGCCCAGGCAAACCAGCGUGACCCUCAGCCUGAAUCCUGAGUGGCUUCUCUUCUCGUUGCCCACAGAGUCCGGCUAG